UGGCACUAUGAUGCUGUCCAAUUUUUGCCUAUUUGCAUGCAGCGCUGGUGGUUUCAGGAUGUGCUGCUAAAAUCCUCCCCGCGUCAGGAUAGUUGGUUGAGAACAAGCUGAAACCACUUCUCCCUCUAGGUGGAAAAAUCUCCGUGGACUCGGUACUCCGUAUAUCAGUAUCUACUUUAAUUGUCCUGCGCAAUUCGGAUCCAUCGCAACUCCUCGUCUUCCAGGCGGCAUAUUGCCGCAAACGAAGAUUGCAGUCCAUCAUAUAUACCCUUCGACCUGGAUCCGCUACUGGUGGACUCUUGGGGGUCUUGAUGCCCAAUAGUACAGUCUCCAUAGACGUAGUAUUUCUAGCCGUCGCGCUGAACCAAGGGUGGUGGGUGAUGGUCACCGAUUACAAAGGGCUACAUUCUCAGCUCGCCGCUGGCCCGCAAUCCGGGUAUGCCACGCUCGAUUCGGUACGCGUGGUCCUCAACGAGGGACGGAAGAUUGGAUUAGCUGCCGACGUCAGGAUAGUUGGUGGAAAAAUCUCCGUGGACUCGGUACUCCGUAUAUCAGUAUCUACUUUAAUUGUCCUGCGCAAUUCGGAUCCAUCGCAACUCCUCGUCUUCCAGGCGGCAUAUUGCCGCAAACGAAGAUUGCAGUCCAUCAUAUAUACCCUUCGACCUGGAUCCGCUACUGGUGGACUCUUGGGGGUCUUGAUGCCCAAUAGUACAGUCUCCAUAGACGUAGUAUUUCUAGCCGUCGCGCUGAACCAAGGGUGGUGGGUGAUGGUCACCGAUUACAAAGGGCUACAUUCUCAGCUCGCCGCUGGCCCGCAAUCCGGGUAUGCCACGCUCGAUUCGGUACGCGUGGUCCUCAACGAGGGACGGAAGAUUGGAUUAGCUGCCGACGUCAGGUACGCGAUAUGGGGUUAUUCUGGAGGCUCAUUGGCUGGCGGUUCGGCUGCAGAGUUGCAACCGCCAUACGCGCCAGAGUUGCACUUCACGGGGGCCGCCUUGGGCAGUAUCAUCAUUAAUGGAGGUAUAUUCUCGGGUCGCUUAUUUAGAGGUUUCUACGGUCUUGCCAAGACCUAUCAGAAUCUCACAGCGUGGAUGGAUGAGAAUGUGCUGCCUGACAAAAGGGCCGAGUUUUUCAAGCAUGCUACAAAUUGCCAGAUCCAGGGAAUAGAUGGAGCAUUCCAUGAUAUUUUCUCCUAUUUCAUUGAUGGCGAGAGGCCCAUUUAUGAGCCCGUCCCCGCAUCCGUGCUUGACUGGUCUGGGCAGAUGGGCCGUCGCGGAAUGCCGACCAUGCCGCUGUUCAUGUAUAAAGCGUUCGGGGACGAGAUAAGCCCUGUUGAAGACACUGACAAGCUGGUACAUAAAUAUUGUAGUAACCGGGCCACCUUUGAGUACUAUCGAAAUUUGAUAGGGGGGCACGUCACUGAAGCCAUCAUCGGAUCUGUAAACGCUUUAGAAUGGGUUUCAGAUCACCUGGCUGGGAGACCUGUGCGGAAUCUGGGAUCUUGCAGGACAGAGAAUGUACUCAUAACAAAGAUUUGA